AUGUUAAAACUUCAAUUAGACAAACUUUUAUUGAUGAACAGAAUGCAAGAUCGACUUCAAUUCGAAUAUCAACCAAUGCAAGAAUAUAUAGAACAACUUAUAUCCACUGAUAACAAAGAAAAAGAAGCGAAAUCAAAUGGUUUAAGAUAUGUUUCACAUCGAUAUCAAUUUGAAAAAGCGAUUGAAUAUUUUGAAAAGAAGUUUAUUGAAGAUGGAACAACUUCAGAUGAAAAUAUUCUAAACAAAAAACAAUUUCAAGUAGAUGUACAAUUAAAAAAGAUUUUUCCAGAUCAUACAGACGUUUAUCAUGUUCCACAUGGACAAUCAGAUCAAGACAUUGCUAGACAUUUUAUUAAUGAAAUUGGUACUGAUGAUCCAUUUUAUAUUGUUGAUGUUUCUCAUUAUCCUAAACAAUAUAUGAAAUGGAAAUGUUAUUUUCCUGACAUUCAAGUUUUCUAUGCAAUGAAAACAAAUGAUAAUGAUUUUCUAAUUAAAAUCAUUGAGAGAUUAGGUGGUGGAUUUGAUUGUGCAUCGAUCAAUGAAUUAAAAACAGUUCUAGCAUUAUGUCCAGAUAUUGAUUGUUCAAAAAGAAUCAUUUAUGCUCAUCCAUGUAAACCCAUAUCACAUAUAAAGUAUUUUCAAGAAAAAAAUGUUCAAUUAACAGUUGUUGAUAAUGAAGAUGAAUUGAUAAAACUUGAAAAACAUUGGCCAAAUGUUCAAAUAUUGAUUCGUUUGAAAACUAAAGAUUCAAAAUCAUUAAUCUCAUUUUCAGAUAAAUUUGGUGCGAAUGAACAUAUUGCCACUCGAUUGUUUCAGUUAGCUAAAAAACUAAAUCUAAAUAUCGUGGGAUGUGCAUUUCAUGUUGGAACAGGAUGUUAUGAUGAUAAUGCAUUUCAACAUGCUUUACAAUUUGCUCAACAAAUAUUCCACAUUGCAAAAAAAUAUCAAUUUCAUCUCACUAUUUUAGAUAUUGGAGGUGGUUUUCCAGGAUUUGAUGAAGAUCAUAGACCAUCUUUUUCACAAUUAGCACAAACAAUUCAACAAUCAUUAGAUGAAUACUUUCCACAAAGAGAAAAUAUUCAAAUCAUAGCUGAACCUGGAAGAUAUUUUGCUGCUGCUUCGAUGGAUCUCGUAGCAUCGAUCAUUGCUUGUCGAUCAAAUAAUAAAGAUUAUUUGAAUUUUUCAUCAAAAGAAGAAAAAGAAAAUGUAGACAAAGAUCUGAUUGAUAAUAUUUAUUAUAUUAAUGAAAGUACAUAUGGAUCAUUAUCUAAUAUUCUAUAUGAAAAUACGACAUAUAGUAUUACUUGUCUAAGAAAAGAACAUUCUCAAUUAGUUGAACAUGAUGAAACGAAAUAUAAAUCAAUUGUUUAUGGUCCAACAUGCGAUUCAUUAGAUAUUGUUUCAUUAGGAGUCGAUUUACCCUUGCUGAAUAUUGGUGAUCAUCUUCUUUUUUAUCAUGUUGGUGCUUAUUCAAGUAGUCUUUCAAUGAAAUUUAAUGGAUUUCAAACAACAAAAUAUUAUUAUAUUUGGAAAGACUAA